AAGGUACUAAUGUGACUUAGUUAUGUUGUCCCCGAGCAUCGCGUUCCGUAGGAAUCUCCUUAGCUUAAGAAUACAAUAUCUCAAACCUUUGAGUGUGUGCUGGAGGUCGCAGAAAACGGAAGCUAGGCACUUAGAAAGCCAAGAAAGUCUUGAUGGCUGGCGUUCAUUCGGAGAAAUACCACAACGCAAUCGCUGGACGUUUAUGUAUGAUGUUAUAACGAAAACUGAGGGCUUCACUAAACCAUUCAAAUUCUUAGAGCGCCUGUUCGAUGAGCUUGGCCCCAUUUACAAAGAGGACUUCACUAUGAGGCCGUCGACGACAGUGCAUGUUAUCGAUCCAGAAGAUUUCGAGAAGACCUUGCGUGCCGAAGGCAGAUAUCCAGAAAGGCCAAUACUAGAUUUUAAUCUCGAGCACCGUAGACGGAGAAAUUAUUUCCCUGGCUUACCCAACCUGUGAGUAUUCUUUGCAUCAAAACAACAGACGUUGUUACUGACAUGUAAACGUGGGUGUGAAAGUGCCUGAACCCUCAUUUUCUAAGAUGGAAUAAUUAAAAUUUUUCCAUCCUAUGUUUUCCUGCUCGAUAAUUUCUUCCUAGUCCUAGUUUUCAAGCCUUACAGCCACGCAACAAUGUGGCAGAUCAAGCCACUAAGAAUUAUUUAAAGGAAGCCUACAGAAACACAGAAAAAAAUACAAAAUCCACAAUCUUCCUCACGCAGUUUAAUUUUAGCAACGAUUUGGAUUGUCAUUAUUUUUAAUAUUGUUAAUCAUAUAGACUGUUCACAGUCCUCUAUUUUCCCGUAAGCUCAUCGAGAUCGAGCGCUUUGCGUUACGGGCUAGGGCACCACCUAGAGCUAUAAUCCCCGACGCCCGCCCCCUCGGUAAAUUUGAAAAUCAAGAUAGCCGUGACGGUAAGACGCGGUAUAUCUAAACGGCUUCACGAAAAAAUAGGGAAUUGUGAACAGUCUAUUAAUCAUACAUUUACUGGUGACAUACAUGAUUGAUAUUCUCCCUAUUCCUUGUUUUCAAGCCUCACAACCACGCAAUCGCAGAUUAAACCACUAAGAAUUAUUCACAGGACGCUUAGAGAAUAUAUUGCCUCGUCACGUAAUCUAAUUUUAGCAACAAUUUGAACUGCCAUUGUUUUAAUACUUUUAAUUAUCAUAUACAUUUACUAAGUGAUAUACACGAUUGAAGUUGACCACGUUACGAGCUCUUUUGUAGGUUACAGAAGGAAUGUUUUCGACGAGUGAGCACUUCCCGAUCUAGUACAUGUAGUUGCCAUUUUUGAUGUUGAAAACUAAAAGAAGAUUCAGGGCCUUUGAUAUGAAAAGUCAGCCCUUUAGGCUUGGGGCCCGUUUCUCGAAAGUCUCAAUAAUUAACGGGCCCGUAAAGCUGUUGUUGUUUACAUGCAAGAUAGAGGUUUCAAUAGUUUUGCAUCUAACAUGAUAAAACUAUCAGUUAAUGAAACAAAAUGGAGUAGUUUGCUAGCCAGGACCUGUGCUCUUAUUCUUUAUGUUUCGAUUUGAAUAUUUGAUUUCGGGGCCGAAAAGUUACCGGGACUUUCGAGAAACGCUUUUACCAGACUAGCUUGGCCCUUUAUUGCCUUGUUUUCUCAUAAAAGUUUCGUUUCGUUUACACGAGAAAGGUGGCCGGCUUAGCUCUGCCGACCCCUCCCCCCACCCCCCGCUUGCUCGAGCAGAGAUCUCAGCAAGCAGGCCAGCCCACUUCGUUAUUUUUAGGGAAGCAGUGAAACGGAAGGGGGUGGUGUGGGGCAGCAGGGUAGUGCUACUUGGGGGAGGGGGGGGGGGCGUCAAUGACUGUAAAAACAGAACACCUCCACAAUAAGCGAUUUGUGAUCCAAACGAUGACACUUUCUUAAACUGAAGACUGGGACAUAAUAAUUUUCAACAAUAUUGGACUUAACGUACUCAGUCAUGACAGUUUUGUUUUAACAGACAAGGAGAAGAAUGGCACAGAGUGCGGCAAACCAUUGCUCCUAAGAUCAUGCGUCCUAAAGUUGUCGAGGAAAACAUCGGGAACUUUAACGCAGUAAGCAAGGAUGCUGUGGCAAGUUUGGUGAAGAAAGCUUGUGAGCAAGAUGAUCACAUGCCUGACUUGGAAAAGGAACUUUAUCGAUGGUCUUUAGAGGGUAACAAUCAGUGUAUAUGUUUGCGAGGUAUCCUAGUAUCCCAAAUCGUGCCUCUAUUCUAAACGCUAUCCCGGAACCCGCCAAACCUAUGUUUGACCACAGGUGGCCCAAACAUACGCUAUAAGGAAAGGGUGUAAAGUAAUAGACCUUUUUACCGAUACGGCGGCCAUAUUGAAUUAAUUUGAGUUAAUAAGGAAUAUCAUGGGAUGCCCAGGGGGCAUGAGCACGAUCCUUUCCGGCUCGCUUAUUUUUAGAAAUAUGGCCUUUCACUGUAUAUUUCUUGGAGAAAAGGUGAUCUUUAUUACAUCCAAACACGGCACAACGAUCUUAUUUUCCCAUAACAAUCUUAUUCUAAGAAAACAUAUAAUUGUUAUUACAUCAGUAUAAGGCUUUAUUACGUUUAGGAUCGUUUACAUUAGGCCUACAUUACAUUUAGGCCUUCUACUUUUCCAAGAAAAGGUAGAAAGCUCAUUGUCAAAUAAAACUCACGUGCACUAAUGACUGAACCAUAUUUUUUUCCUGGCGUUUAUUCUAGGUAUGGCUACAUUCGCAUUUGAUACUCGUCUUGGAUUAUAUGAGGAUCCACCGCCACAAGAGGCACAUGAAUUCACAGAGGCAAUCAUCAACUUUUUCGAAAUUUCCCAACAGCUUUUGUUCGAUGCAUUUUACCAAAUUGCUUCCAAGUAUAUUGACACACCACUAUUUAAAAAAUUUCUCAAGAAUUGUGACACUUUGUUGGAUAUCGGAGGGAAUUUUGUUAACAAGAAAAUGAUGGAGCUAAAAGAAAUGACGGAAAAGGGAAUUGAUCCUGCCAAGACUGAAGGUGAGUUAGUUGCUUUAUUAUUCAUUCAAAAUAAUUCCUAUAGUUUAAAAACAAGCUAAAACAUGUAUACCUUCGUCGUUGUUAAGUUCACCUCGAUAGUGCAUGUUUAGAAGAUAAAGGGGUCGGGUUCAGGUCUGCAAAUAUGCUGCAACCAGCAGAUGUUGUCCAUCGAGUUGUCUUCUUGCUAUGUUUUUAGACAAUAGUUCGUAGCGACACGAGUGAAAUGUUCCGCCGACUGUUCGGCCAUUUUUCUUUUCACAACCAAAACACCUCAACCUCGUCCCUAGGUCUUCUCGGUUAACGGUGCAUUAACCUGCAACUGUGCUGCACUUUUGACGUCAUCGGUUGAUUAGCCACAAAAUUCUUCCAAAUUUGGUCAACCGUAGCUGGUUAUGGUGAAUUAUGCGUGUGCUUUUAGCCUAUCAGAAACGGAGAAAUAUUUUGAAUGAAUAAUACUGACAUGACUCAUGUUCAUCUGCAUUUCUUCCAUACAGCAAUUGAUGAGCAUGCUCAGCUUGCAAGGCAAGCUACGGCCGCACGAACAGGGGGUGCAUUAUCCAGCAUUAUUAUUCAUUCAAAAUAUUUCCCCGUUUCUGAUUGGCUAAAAGCACGCCUCAACACACCUGAUCACCCCUUUAUCUUCUAAACAUGCACUAUCGAGGUGAACUUAACAUCGACGAAGGUAAGCAUGUUUUAGCUUGUUUUUAAACGAGGAAUUAUUUUGAAUGAAUAAUAAAGCAAUUAAUGAAUUCGGCUUUCGUAGGAUAUAAAGAAUUAUGCAGAUCGAGGAGGGUGUUGUCCACCGAGGCCGAAGGCAUAAUUCUUCAUAUCCUACUCAGCGUCAUUUAUUAAUUGCUAAUUAUAUGAGUUGGUCACUACACCCAGGCAAGAUCGAGCCUGUACGUCAGAAAAUAAUAAUCGAAACCCAGAUCCCCAUUUCAGCGUAAGAGGAGUAAAAGAUAGCCAUACCUGGGUAUAUGAUUGCUUUGGGAGAGGUCGUAGUCAACCCGGCCACCGACACCGUACAAACGACCUAUUGACGGGAUCAAGCAAAACUAACCACGAGAGAACGACUGGAGAACUGACAAUUUGACUGACAAUAGACGAUUGUUUAACUUUGACAACAGGGACUUUAAGAUCCAAUGACGUGGACGGUAACGAGAACGUCAAAAAACUAUAGGUUUGAUUAGCAAAACAACAACUUUGCACGUGCACCAAGCUUUUCUGUACAUUUCUCUGCCCGUUUUUUUCACGACUACGACGUUAACAUGCCUAAAUUCGCGUUUUAUGGAGGACGUAAACAAGCAACGACGAAAUUUUAUUUCUUUUUCUGUACUUGUAUAUCUGUACUUGUAUAUGCAUGGUGCGUACAUUUGACAAAGUACGUGGGUAGGAAUAAUUGCGAUAAAGAAUAAAAGAACGCAAAUUCACUUUUUAAGCGACGUUGUCAUUGCCGUCGCGUCGUUGGAUCUUUAAGUCCCUAUUAGACGGAUCGAAACGCACCAAUGACAUUACCAGUCUUCAUAUAGCCAAUAACAUCACGGCUUAACUGACGGACGACCAACAUCGACGAACAUCGCUACUUAAUAUAAUUGACCAAUCAGGUCAAUAACCAGUCAGAGUUUAUUAUCAACUGACUUGAUACUACUCACUUUGACUAUGAAGAUGACUACCGCAAGUCACUGCGAUCAACAACAGUCCUAUUGUGGGCUACGUUCACCCGGAACAUCAUAGUCAACCUACUUGGGAAAGGUCUAUGGAUAAAACAUUGUUUUCUUUCUGUAAUGUAGUUGUUCCGCUGUUGACUUAUUUACUCAUGAAGAAAGAUCUUACCCCAGAGGAGGUCAAUGGACACGUAGUUGAUGUUGUCGCUGGUGGUGUUGAUACGGUAAGAAACUCUAAUGAUAAUUCAUUUGAUUGAGAAGGUGGAGCAAAAGUUCAAAAUUAGAAAAAGGAAGAUGACUGAACUAUAAGAAAAGACAAAAGGUAUUAUUACAAGGCUGUAGUCAUUUUAUGAAAAACGAAUCAAGGUAAUUUUCAUUAAAUACCCCCUCUCCCCUCGUGACCCUUCGAACAUAGCGGGGAACGUCCGUCUCCCCCUGGGUAUGGAGGUUCUUAAAAGCUCCUGUGUUAAAAGUAUCAGUACUUGGAAACCAAACAGAAUUCAUCUCAGUCUGGAUAAUCAGGUAUCGGAACUCUUAUGCAGCCGGUUUUUGUGUCGCCAGGCAAUAUAUGUAUCAUGAUAAGAUAAAGACUGCUGUGGGAACCUCGCUUUGAUCAGGGGUGGCAAGCUACAGUAGUACGAGUCCAAUUCACGGACCGGGGGACGAGGUUGUCUAGGAAGAACAGUUAAAGUAAACAUUCCAAUUUUAGCAGACUGGCUAAAAAAGGGUGAUUUACAUAUACAACAUAUACAUUUAUAUAUCAUAACUAAGAAAAAUUUUGUCUCCUAUCUGAGCAGAUAUCAAAUUCUGUUUUGUGGUGGUUGUACAACUUAGCACGAUUUCCGGAGGUCCAAGAAAAGCUGUACCAGGAGAUAGAAAGUGUUUUGGGGGAAGAUGAUGACGUCACUCCCAAGCAUCUUGCUAAACUAAGCUAUCUUAAAGCUUGUCUUAAAGAGUCCAUGAGGUAAAACAGUUCAACCACACUUUAUUUUAGAGAUGUGUGAACUAUCAAGGGCGGAUCUAGGGGGAGGGUGCAGGGGGUGCGCACCCACCCACCAAGUCCCCCCCCCCCUGAGAGGGCUUCUGACAAUUGGUACUUUGCAAAAUAUGCAGAUAUGUAUGAUAUGUAUUCUCUGAAGUUCACAUUAUGCUACCGCCUAAUCAAAAGCCUUCUUCGUAUUCGCUUGUAAAUUUGUUUACAAUUUACCAGUCAGUUACGCCACAUUCUUAGUGGUGCACCCUCACCGCCCCUAAGAAAAAUCCUUGAUCCGACCCUGGUUAUUAUCGCGUUCGCUAGAACGCAUCCUAAUCUAGUGUUCCUGUGGUACAAAGGCAGAAAUUUUCGAGCUAUCACGGGCGACUGCCGAUCUAAGCCAGCCCUAUAUAUUGUAUCAGGGGCAUCUCGGCCGCAGGAAACUGGACUUCUUUGGACUCGUUUUCGUUUCCUUUAGUCUCGUUUUUAUGCAGAUGGCUAUCCAGGGACCAGGCUCCACAGUGGGGAAAAAAGGCAAAAAAUGGGGUCAAAUAGGAAAAACAUCGGUGAGCAAAGCGAGCCCGGCGGAAGUCUGGGCCACCCUUACCCCUUCCCAAACUACGGCGAUUUUUUCCUUAUUCCCCCAAUGCGGAGCCUGGUCCCAGGCUAGCAGAUGUCAUGCUCGUAGAAUACAGAGACGAACGCGGCUCCAUAAUCAAUGAUUAUGACUAGUACGGUACUCCUUCCUUGCCGGCGGGCUUCAUACUUUGUAGUGCAGCUUUAGUGCGCGCGCUUGCGGAACACUAUGGGUACUGAUAUUUGAUCAUCUAUGCAUCUAAGAAACUUUGGUUGUGACAACGUACAUUCACCCAGAAUUACUGCAAAAAGAUGUUUCUCAAAAGAUACCUCAAGAGCUUCGCUUUUGACCUUGGCUAAAUCUAUAUAUUACAAUUUCUACUUUUUUUUAUUAUAUUAGGAUGACUCCAAGUAGUCCGUCCCUUACAAGAGUUUUGGACCAGGAUGUUGUUUUAUCUGGAUACUAUGUUCCAGCAAAAGUGAGUUAGAAAUCCCAAGGUUGAAGUCUCAACCCUAAAACUUUUCUCUUGGAAGCGCUGUUGUACAUUAGAAAAAGGCUUCACCAAAGCUUUCUUUUGGAAUCCAUAAACCUUGCAGCACAAGUGAUGGCAAGAAUCCUUGGAGCAAACCAUAAAAGACUGCUCUUAAAUGAAAAAUCUGGAUAUGCUGACAAAAUUUCUCUCGUUGCUUUAUUAGAAAAUUCUCUCCCCUUUCUCCCAGCUCCUUUACGAAACAUAUGAGAAACUGAUAUAAUUAGCUUGUAAUAAUCAUGCAUUUACCAUCUUUCAUUCUUUCACCAAAACGAAACAUAUUCACCGCGUCCAAUGUCAAACAAUGUAGCUGAAACGAGUUUGGGUAACUAGUUUCUUUUGCACAGUUUACAAGAUAAUUUAUCCCAAGACUUUUCAUCCCUUAUUUUGUUUUUGCUGACUUACCUACUUCAUAUAUCAUGCAGAAUAAUUUUUUGCAGACCCACGUAACAAUGGAAUUUUACGCCACAACUCGCUCUGAGAAGUACUUUAAAGAGCCUUUGGAGUUCAAGCCGGAACGCUGGCUUAGAGAAAGUAAAGAGGUUCAUCCCUUUUCUCACCUACAGUUUGGAUUUGGGCCUCGCAUGUGUCUUGGUAAUAAUUAACACCAGAUCCGUGCUAAUUUUUUUAAUUUAUGUUUUAUCCAGCGCCACUUACGUUACUUAAAGAGAAUCAUAUUCCUAUUGACAGACAUCACGAAGUGUCUCCUACCUCAGAUCCUAGCUUAAACACUAGUAAUGUUGUCAAUUGCAAACAUGAAGACAUGCGGAAAUUACAAAUAAUCUUGUCUAAAAUAAAGUUCAGUUCUGGACAUUUAGUGUCCAAUCCGUGCCAUCUCUUGAAUAACAAAUGAGUAAAUGAGUAAAAACAAAACGAGGCGAAAUGAACCGGGAUAUAAGUGUGUGACGCGCGAAACCAACUCUUGCGUUUUGGAAAGAUUUUCUCAAAUUCACCCGAGAAUCAAUUAAGCAAAGAAUUAUCUAGGAAACCCACCUAAUUAUUUCGAAUGUUUCCUGUUGUUAUUUUUUUCGAAGGUGGAUUAUUGUCAUCAUCUGUGCGGUUUGCUUUCAGUACUUAGCGCUAAAAUGUUACACUUUUUCUACAGGUCGUCGAGUGGCUGAAUUAGAGAUGUAUGUGCUUGUAUGCAAGGUUAGUGUUUUUAAGUUAGUUUUUAAGUUAGGAAAGAGAACAAAUAUGGCCGCAGUGACGUCACGUGAUAACGCUCUAUUGCCCACGUCGGAGACAACACAACCUGCAUGCGGUAAGCUCCGCUGGAAGCAAUUGCCAACACCAUAAUAAAUGGUCCCCGUAGAUUUACUCACGGCAAUCAUCGCACGGCUUUUCCGUUAUAAAUUGUUUUUAUAACAAGGGUGCCGUGAACCAGACGGCAACACAGUUUGCAAUUCGCACAGAUUUACUAGUAAUAAUUUGCAAUUUCAGUUUUUUUUUCUCCUAAUCUUUCAUGUUCUCUUCUUGUUGCAGUUACUUCAGAGAUUUCGCCUAGAGUAUCAUCACGAACCAUUAGAAAUGCGUCUAAAGUUGUUAACGGCUCCAGAUAAAGCGGUUAAGAUCAAGUUUGUCGACCGCGUCUGAGAGUCAAGGCUACCAAUGUGUUCCUAUAGGUUAAUGGCAGA